AUGUCUAAGCAGCUCAGCUUCGCCUGUGACAGAUGCAAGACGUCUAAGCGAAAGUGCGACUCCGCCAAGCCUGUUUGUUCAUUGUGCCAACGGCAGAAGCGAGAAUGCGUAUACACUGAGACGCGCCCAAGAAAACGGAAAUACUGGGACGAAGACUAUGUCAGAGCACUUGAAGCCCAGGUGCAAUCGCUUUUGUCGAUCCUAGAGCAAAAAGGAGAGAACCUAGCCAAUCCACUGCCGUCAGUAGAGAUACAAUCAAAUACCGGCACUCUACAUAAUGAUGAUGCGCAUGUCGGCAAAGACGCUUCCGAUACCCUGGUUCUCGACACAGUCGCUGAAUCGAGAAAUCAGGUCCCUUGGCAUGAAGCCAUCGACAAGAGAUCCAACCAGGCCAUGGAAGAGCUUUGCGUCAUGCUGUGGAGAACAAAUGUCGGAGAUGGUGUUACCAUCAUCAACGAUACUACAACAGGGUCUCGAUACUCGCUAGAGACGUCCUUGAAACCCGCACCCGCACUGGUGACAUUGCCAGAACACAUCCUCAGCUACUGUCAAGAUACAUCAUUGAUGGAAGAGUUUGCCUUAUUGUUUCUCAAUAACAUCAACAAAGAGCAUCAGUUCACGACAUACACCACUACAGACUUUUUAAUUGGACUCCCGUAUCAAAGUAUGGAAGAGGUUUUUCUACACUGCACAAUCAUUGCCACGGGUUCGACCUUUUCGGAUCGACCCGAUGCUUCAAAGAUAGGGGACGCUUUUGCUGAGUUCGCAGAGAGCCUUGUGUUUUCAUGCUGCCGACAAAAGCCUUCAAUCAAGGUCAUCCAAGGAUUAUCCAUGUCCUCUUGGCGAUCACUAGCUCUGGGUCGAGAUCACUUUGGAUGGAUCUUCAUCUCCAUGGCCGCCGGAAUGUGUGUUCAUUUGCGACUACACGUUUUGGCACUGGACGAAUGCGAUUCCCGUCGUCUAGAAGCCAGUGAGCAGGAGAUUCGGACGUUUUGGAUGUUCUACAUCAUUGACCGCACGGCAAUAUCUAUCCUGGGCCGGAAUUGUGCUCUGCCUUGGCGUAGGGUCAAUGUUCCUAGCUUUGACUCAACCUUUACUUCUACCACGGCCGACCUUGCGCAGAUAUCUUUUGCCGCUCAGUGCCAGCUGUGGUAUCUCCACGAUCAACACAUGGACCAAGUGUUCUCUAGCAGUUUUGAUGCGCUACCAAUAACCCAGCAAGUCCGGUUACUGGUCUCGAGCCAAGAAGCUCUAAGUGCCUUCUUUCACUCUCGCGAUCGAUUACAACUCUCCGGGGAUACCACUCCAAAGCCAGUACUGCUUUUCCAUCUGGCGUAUCAGAUGACAAUUCUCAUCACAAUGCCCCCGUUUCUUCGAAUCUUUGCUUCCUUCUCUGCCGAUUCCGAAUUGCUGUCGCAUGGGUCAAAUUCUAAAUACAUUCUUCUCGUUCUCCGAUCACUUACAGCCGCGGCGACGGCCACCGUUCGCUUAGUUCGGACAUAUAAGAAGUCUCUCGGAUUCGACAUACCACCCAACCCAGUCAUUAUCCAUCAUUUACUCAGUGCAGCUAUUGUGCACCUCAUGAAUGCAACAAGCAAUACCAAAUCGCUGCGCAAUCAGAGCACUUACUGGGUCCGACAAUGUCUCGAACUUCUUCGGGGUUUAGGAGUUCCAUGGCCAAACCGCGCCGAACGCAGCAUCAAAGUCAUCCGCGUUUUGGCCCAGCGUUGGGGCGUGACGGCAUCUCUACCACUUGAUUUCAGCUACCGCGUGGAACCAAACUCACGGACAGAUGGUGAAGCAGAUUUCCAACCGAUAGAAAUGGAUUCAGUUGGGUCUUCAGAUGUUGAUUCUCUCGACUGGUCGGCGUUUGCAGAUUUUGGGACGUUGCCUAUCCCAGAAUUGACGGAUCCUCAGCAAGCAAAUAUGGACACUCUCACAGCUUUCGGGGCAUUGUCCAACUGCGACGAUUUUUCUUGGCUAUCAUAG